UCCGCCGCGAACGGUCGCUCGGCCCCGCGAUGAAGAGGAGGCUGCAGAAGAAAUACUUGAUUCUGAUCCUCGCCUACUCGGGUCUGCUCCUGCUGGUGCCCUAUGUCUUCGACUUCGGGGAGAAGUCGCUGCACGGCGCGGCCAAGCCGCUGCAGCAGCAGCAGUCGCGCUGCUCGGAGCUGCAGAACGCCGUGUCGGUGCUGUGGGAGCGCGGCGCCAACGCCACGGCGGAGGCGCCCGGGGCCAGCGGCGGCGGUGUCCGGCCGCGCACUCACAUCUACCUGCACGCCACCUGGAGGACGGGCUCCUCGUUCCUGGGCGAGCUCUUCAACCAGCACCCGGACGUCUUCUACCUGUACGAGCCCAUGUGGCACAUCUGGCAGGCGCUGUACCCGGGCGACGCGGGCAGCCUGCAGGGCGCCGUGCGCGACAUGCUGGGCGCCCUGUUCCGCUGCGACUUCUCCGUGCUCAAGCUGUACGCGGGCGCGCAGAACCUCACCACCGCCUUCAUCUUCGGCUGGAAGAUGAACAAGGUGGUGUGCUCCGAGCCGCUCUGCGACGCCCACCAGCGGCACCACGUCGGGCUGGUCCAGGAGGACCGCUGCGCCAAGUGCCCCAAGCGGGACAUCCGCGACCUGGAGCGGGAGUGCAAGAAGUACCCGGUGAUGGUCAUCAAAGGGGUGCGCGUUUUGGACCUCAACACCCUGGUGCCGCUGAUGAAGGACCCCGCCGUAAAGCUCCACAUCGUGCAGCUGUUCCGCGACCCCCGGGCGGUGCACAACUCCCGGCUAAAGUCCAAGCAGGCCCUGGUGAAGGAGAGCAUCCAGGUGCUGCGGAGCAAGAAGCAGAACGACAAGUACAAGCGCAUGCUGGUGCCCAACACCCGGCUGAACCGGGCUGAGAACUACGUGUCCGGCGCCAUGGAGCUCAUCUGCGACAACUGGCUGGGCGACAUGAUGCUGGUGUCCAACGCGCCGCCCUGGGUGCGGAGGAGCUACCACCGCGUCCUCUACGAGGACCUGGUGCAGCACCCCGCCGAGGAGCUCCGGAGGCUCUACCGCUUCGCCAACGUGUCGUCGUCGCCGGCGCUGGAGAGCUUCGCCCUCAACAUGACCCACGGCCGGGGCUACUCCUCCGACAGGCCCUUCCUCAUCUCGUCGCGGGACGCCAAGGAGGCCAUCUACGCCUGGAGGGAGCGCCUCAGCGUGGAGCAGAUCGAGCAGGUGGAGGCCUACUGCAGCGAGGUCAUGCGGCUGCUGGGCUACCCGAGACGCGGCGCCGACAAGACCGCAUGAGGGCGUCACGCGGCCUGCAAGUCAAGCCUGAGGGCAAACCAUGCGGCCUGUCUGGAAUGUUCCCCACUGGGAGCCCCAAGCAUCUCAAGUAAUGAUUUUUUUCCCCUCCAAACUGAGAGAGAAGAGGAGGCGGAGCUUAAAGUUCAGCACUGUGCUCGGCCAAUCAAAGAGGAGAUGUUUUUUUGUGUUUUUUUUUUUUGAAAAGGCAGCUUUUAUUCUGAAGGCCCACCUGCCUGGCAUGUGUGAGGCAAACGUCAAGGCUCCGCCCCUUUUUUUAAAGUCCUGAUAAUCUCCUCCCCCUUUAAGAAGCUUCUGAUGACUCAGCAGUAAUCUCGCUAACACGCUAACUUUGAAGGAGACUUCAGUAACUAAAGGUCAAGUGUGGGCCCUCCCAAACCCCCAUUUUUUGGCCUUUAACCCCCCCCCCCCCCCAGUGAGGAAUGUGAGCAGGUUUUCCACACGUGGUACUGAUACUUUUUAACAUCUUUGUAUUCUUCUUUGUGUCAACUUUGACCUGACAUCCUAGGGAUGUGUUCUUUGCACUUUGUCACAUUUGUACCAGAUCAAAACUUUCAAGUGACCUCAAUAAAGAUUUGUUUUCUA